AUGUCUUCAGAACAAAGAUGCUCCCACUCUUCUAUAUGCUACAACACCUCUCCUCAUGCUACUGAAGUAGGUUAUAAACAACCAAGUCAGAAGCAAAGGACUGCGGCCACAAGACCUGCAGCAUCCCAAGGACAAUAUGGCCGUAUUGAUCCAAGCAUAUUUCCAGCUCCAUUGGUUUUGCCUGGCGAUGACCUUGCACUGGAUCCCGAGUACCCACCGCAAUCUUUUCAGGAGUGGUUGGACGAGGAGGACCGCAAUGAAGUCACCUCAGACAGAAGGACAGUCUAUGUUGUUGCGCCACCUGACUAUGAUGAAGAUGCCUAUUUCGCGAAGGCAUGGACCUCUCCUAGAGUAGGCAAAGCGCAGCAUCAGUUAGUAAGGCCUAAUCCACAAGACAUCGUCGGUUACCUGGCAGCAUUUUACCAUGGGGUCCCCGUCAAGCUCCUUCGAGUACCUGACUUUCGAUUUGUUCCUUGGGAUGGUCAAAAAUCCAAGAGCUCCCCCCGCUUCGUUGGUUUAGCUGUUGCAGACGAGUGCAUUGGUAUUCGGACACGGGCAUGCCCGGACAAAGUUUACCCUCGCCAAUUGAACCUCGACGAUCUGCUAGAUGUGGCGAUAAGCAUACUUCCCAAGAAUGCGUAUGCCAUGUGUCUUCUCGUCAACCAUGAUCUCUAUGAGGACGCUGAUGAUGCUUUCGUCUGCGGACGUGCAUAUGGUGGAAGUCGCGUCGCAGUUGUCUCCAGUGCCAGGUAUUGUCCGACCCUGGACGAAGUUCAGUCGCUCCUCCUACGUGGUGAGCGCCAAAAGGCGAAAGAUCUCAAGCGAAUCGUCCUCCUUGGCUGCUUUGCCAUUAACGGCCGCGUUAUCUGCAUUGUCUUCCCUCCCAAAGAUCGAUUCAUCGCCACGGUUAUUGUCAUCACUCUGGCUUUCUCGAAUGUGUCGCACAGCGAGCCAUGA